AAAGGUCCUCGUAUUGCAAAAGUCGUGAGGAGAAUCAAUUGCAAUGUGGAACCUCUGGAUUAUGGAGUUGUUCAGCCUGGCAAGCUAUGGAGCGACAAUCGGGCUAUUUACCCCAAGGGAUUCAGGAGCCGGGUCAGAUACAUUGAUGUUUUAGAUCCAGCAAAUAUGUGCUACUACGUUUCUGAAGUUCUGGAUGCAGGGCGAGAUGGGCCAUUGUUUAUGGUCUCGUUAGAGCAUUGUCCGAAUGAAGUGUUUGUUCAUUUAUCCGCUGUCAGAUGCUGGGACAUGGUCCGGGAGAGAGUGAAUCAAGAAAUAACAAAGCAACAUAAGUUGGGAAAACUGAAGCUUCCUCCUUUGCAGCCACCUGGAAGUCUUGAUGGCAUGGAAAUGUUUGGUUUUUCUUCACCUGCAAUUAUACAGGUAAUUCAAGCUAUGGAUCAAAAUCAAGUGUGUUCAGAAUACUGGAAAUCUCGACCGAUGAUGCUGAGAGCACCAUCCGCAUCUGUUGACAGUUUGAGACUCAAUAUAAAAUCCGAGAUCUCAAAUGAUCCUACCGGAGCUGAUACAGUACUCAGUGGCCUGAUUAAGAAGGCAAACUCUGAAGAACUUCAUGCAUUGUACACACUUCUCAAAACCAAUAAUUUGACCCCUAAUCAAGGUUUAAUGACUCGGCUUCUUAAUGAAGAGAUUGAUAAGCGAGGAAGAUGAUUAGAUUUACAGCCUCGUCGAGGCUUAGACUUCUCACAAGGAGUUAACCCUGUAAAUGUUCAACCACAUUCUAGUUUUAGGUUAGAUGGCAUUAGGUUGACCCCCAUUUCUUGAAAUUUUGCACUGGCUAAUAGCAAGAAAAGUCCGUCAUAUAGUUACUUCUGGACUUUGGUUCUUCGCAUUCUUUGAGAAGGAUGAUUGAAAUAGAAAAUUCUUUUUCCAAACUUGCUAGAGUAAUUGUUGCUGGUAAACAUUAAUCAUCCCAGAAUUUAUACAUGGAAAGAGUUCGAAA